UCAGAUGAAGGCAUUGUGGGACAGGAACAAGAGGAUCACAGCCUAUCACGAGGCAGGCCACGCCCUGGUCGCCUACUACACCACAGAUUCCCCGCCCAUCAAGAAGGCCUCGGUCAAGUCCUGGGGACCGGCGCUGGGUCAUGUGUCGUUCCAGUUCCCCCGCAGUAAGUGGCUGAUGCUGCAGACCAAGUCCCAGCUCCUGGCACAGAUGGACAUCGCCAUGGCAGGCAGGGUGGCAGAGGAGAUGGUCUUCGGCCCUGAUAACAUCACAAAAGGUGCCAGUAUGGACCUCCGUAUGGCCAAUAACGUUGCCAGCUGCAUGGUGACAGAGUAUGGGAUGAGCAAAAAGCUUGGUCUACAGGUUCUGAUUGGUGGACCAUUCGGCACCAUGGGGGCCACGCCCGAGACAAGACAGACAGUCGAGCAGGAGGUCAGGAAGCUUCUACAGGAAUCGUAUGACAGAGCGUCGCGAAUGCUGAGAAUGUACCGAGUGGAGCACGAGAGACUCGCCCUGGCACUGUUAGAACACCAGAGCCUCACUGCUGAGGAGGUGAAAAUGGUCAUCCGUGGUGAGGAACUCAAGCACAAGAGAAAGGACAGAGAGGAGUAGGCCAGUGUCAUUCCCUGUGAUG